AUGGCUGGCUUUAACGCGGGAUUCUUUUUGAUCGUCACCCUUGUUGCCGUCCGUCUAUAUGGUGCAUUCAAUGGAAUUAUAUCAGACUGCGAUGAAGUUUACAACUAUUGGGAGCCAUUGAACUUCCUUACACGUUACUUCGGUAAAAAGACUUGGGAAUACCAACCCGAAUAUGCAAUUCGUUCUUGGACUUAUCUUCUUCCCUAUCUGUUUCUCAAAUAUCCGCUUACGUGGAUCCAGAAGUCUUUGGAAAUCUCUGGUGCUUUUUCUGAAGGUGCCAUUCCGGCCUAUACUUUUUUUUACCUUGUUCGUGUUGCCCUAGGCACUUCAUUUACCUUUGCAGAAUGUCAAUUGGCCGAUGCGCUAAGCUUUAUUGAUAAUGACGUUUCCAACUGGUUCUUAGUUUACGAGAUCCUAAGUCCUGGUGUUUUCCAGGCUUCUAUUAGCUUGUUGCCAAGCAGUUUUGCUCUUGUGCUCGGUAUGUUCUCCACAGCUGCCGUUAUCAAGUACUUCAGGUAUGAUGAUUUUUCCCAUAAGGUUGAAAAAGACUUUUCUCUGAGCUAUACCAAAGCACAGACUAACAAUUACACCGAAACACCAGACACUUCGAUUUCAGAUAGCGUCGAGGAGUCGAUAGAUGUGCCUGCCGAAAAGGCUACAUCGUCUACCUCAAAGGGACUCACUUCUCCCCAGAUAUUUUUAUGCUCUCUAUACAAGGAGUCUCUAUCCAGACGUGAUAAGUACUUUGCCAUUUCGGUGGCUACUGCGUCUUGUGGGGGGUUGAUUGGCUGGCCUUUUGCUUUGGUUCUUACUGCUCCAUUUAUUUUCCAUGUGGUUCUGAGUAUUACCUUUGGUAAAGUCAUUCCUCUACCCUUAGCACGUAUGAACAGCCGUAAAUGGGCACUUCUGAUCUAUUUCCUUGCCGGCAUGUCUUGUAUUUACUUGUUUGCCUGGUUUGGCUCCCAAAUUGACUUUUUAUUUUAUGAUAAAGUCACCUUUGUUCCUUUGAACAUUGCCUUGUACAACGUCUUUCAUGCAUCCAGUGAAACUGGUCCUAGCAUCUUUGGCGUCGAAUCUACAGGCUACUACUUUUUGAAUCUACUCUUAAACUUCCAUGCCAUAUUCUUGAUGGCGCUUGUUGAUUUGAUUUUCAUCUUCUCCAGAAGUUUCAAGAUGGGGACCUCCCAAUGCCUUGCAGUCUACAAACUUCCUGUCAUAAUCUGGUUGGCAAUUUUCUGCUCACAACCUCACAAAGAAGAAAGGUUUAUGUAUCCAGUCUACCACUUGAUAUCCGUCGCUGCCGCAAUUUUCACUAGUAUUCUUCGUACUGUUGCAGUGGUUAAAAAUUACAGCGCUCCAUUAUCUGCCUUCAAAGCUCUUGCCAAUCAACCGCAUACUAAUUCAGAUAACCGGUUGGAAAACGUCUGCAUCGGCAGGGAAUGGUAUCAUUACCCAUCUUCUUUUUUCCUCAACUCCAAUCAGCGACUCCGUUACUUAGAGAAUGGUUUCCGUGGUAUGCUUCCGGGUGACUUUGUCGAGCCAAAAGUCAAAUCAUUUGCUGGCUUGAGAAACUCUACAUAUUUGGAACAACAAGGAUUUAAUAAUAAAAACCAGUAUAAUCCAGAGUUUGCCUCCACUGCCAUUGAUGAUUGUGACUACUACAUCGACAUUAACAUGCCUGUUGAUAAAUCUAAAGGAGAGUUCCUCAUAUUCAACAGCGAGGGACUUGCAUCAGAUGGCUGGCAAACUAUACGUUGUGAGGAUAUGAUUGAUCCAGAUAGAUCGUAUGGAUUAGCCAAAUUGGUGUACAUCCCAUUUAAGGAGAUUCAGCUUUUUAAUCUCUGGUGGAAGUCUCUUCAAACUAGCUCAUAUGUGACUACCAUUCAAAGCAACUCAUUCUUCCAAGGGAUGGUUGACCGGGAUACCUACAAGCCUGUCGUUGAGAACGAGCAUGUUAAAAAAAUAUUUGUCCAGACUAUGGCAACCGUUGAUGAGCUCGAUAGUAAGUUCCAAUUGUCCGAAAGGUUGCCUGGCCAGGUAUUUUUCCACAAGUUCUGUAUAGCCAAAAGGGUGUAG